AUGGCUGCACAUGCCAUUGGAUGCUUGCUUGAGGUUUUAUCAUUGGCUGUGGAGGAAUACAACAGCUCCAAUAUGCAGACUACCAUUUCAGAAGCUGUCAAGGCAGCUUUGCAUGACCAUAAUGGUGAUAUGCAUGGUUUAUGUGAAGCUAUCAUCAAAAUCAUCAUCCAGUACCUGCAUGUUUUUUGUUCUGAGAUGUUUCCAGCAAACAAACUGUUGAUGAAGCCAGAAGGCCAAUAAAGUCUGUACAUGGUCCCAACAUUAAAAGUAGCAUGUCUGGGUAUGGG